GAGCGACAGUUAAGCAUUGGACUUUGAGGUCUGCACAUUUCCUCAGAGAGCAACAUGAAAGUUGUUUUGACUUUUGGCGUAUUACUUGCAACUGCCAGCGCCCUGACCUCCCUUGAGACCAUGGUUGAUGAAUGGGAAGCCUGGAAAUUGGCCCAUGGCCAGAAUUACUCCACUUCUAACGAAGAACGAUUCCGUAUGAAGGUUUUCAUAGAGAACAAGGAUAAAAUCGCCAGACACAACCAUGAAGCCCACCGCGGAAUUCACACCUAUUUCCUGAAGAUGAACAAAUUUGGAGAUCUCCUCCGCCAUGAGUUUGUCAAUGUAAUGAACGGCUAUCGAAUUGAUCUUGACAAUUCAUCUCGCAUGGGAGCCACUUUCAUCUCGCCCGCCAAUGUUGAGCUGCCCAAUGAAGUCGAUUGGCGAGCCAAAGGCGCAGUCACGCCCAUCAAAGAUCAAGGCCGCUGUGGGUCUUGUUGGGCAUUCUCCGCUACCGGAUCAUUGGAGGGUCAGCACUUCCGCAAAAACGGCCAGGCUGUCUCUCUCUCCGAACAGAACUUGAUGGAUUGUUCCAUACCUUACGGUAAUAUUGGUUGUGCCGGAGGUCUAAUGGACGGUGCCUUCAAGUACAUCAAGGAGAAUGGUGGGAUCGAUACGGAAAAGGCUUACCCUUACGAAGGUGCUCUCGACGACUGUCGUUACCAGGUCAAAACCAAAGGCGCGUCUGACAUGGGAUUCGUGGAUUUGCCCAAAGGUGAUGAGCAGAAGCUUAAAGAAGCUGUAGCUACAACUGGACCCGUUUCUGUUGCCGUUGAUGCGUCCCACGAGACUUUCCAGUUCUAUUCGCAUGGCGUUUAUGACGAACCUCAUUGUCGACCUGAUGCGAUUGAUCACGGAGUUGUAGUCGUUGGUUAUGGAUCUGAGAAUGGAACCGAUUUUUGGUUGGUCAAGAACUCUUGGGGGACCAAAUGGGGCGAUGCCGGGUUUAUCAAGAUGACACGCAACAAACAGAAUCAAUGCGGCAUUGCUACAAAGGCCUCAUAUCCCCUUGUGUGAAUUUUCUUAUUUUGAACUGAAUAAAAAAGCCUGU